ACCUUUUAACUGACAAUUCUAAUGAAACUUACGCGCCACCGCCACUCUACAAUGAUAACUAUGAUCUUUCUAUGAAAGUUAUGCUUACAUAUCAGGAAUUGAAAAAUUCUAAACGAAAUAGAAUCAAUAGCCUGAUAUAUGCCUAUUAUCUUGGUGAACUCCUUUCUACCACCAGUACCCCAUUAAACACUGAAAUCACCAACCAUUAUCAUUGGGCAUCUAUACGAUUGUAUUAUCUAUUUGGAAAACUUGGA